AUGCCUACCCAGAGAUGGUUUAAUACCAAUUCCGAAAGAAAUCAAUCAGUUCGAAAUAUCCGAAAUGUCUUGCCAGGUUAUGCUUAUGCCCAAGACAACCACUUUAUUCACCAUGAAAACAUCAACCAGGUUCCAAUAAGAUGGUUUGAUUCCAAUCUUGAGAGACGUCAAUUUGGGAGGAGUAUCCGAAAUGUGUUGCCAACUUAUGCUGAUGUCCAAGACAACCACUUUAUUUUUCAAGAAAACAACAUCAACCAAGUUCCAAUAAGAAGAGAAAUAAUACCGACCCAUAGAUGGUCUGGCACCAAUAGAGAGACAAAUCAACAUAGGUUGAACACUCAAGAUGACUUUUUAGUGAAUGCUUAUGGCCAAGUUGACCACUAUAUUCUUCAGGAAAACAACAUCAACCAAGCUCCAGUAAGAAGAGGCAUUAUACCUACCCAGAGAAGGAAUAACACCAAUUUAGAGAGAAACCAACCUAGGCUGAGUACUCGAGAUGCAUUGUCAGCUGAAGCUAAUGUUCAAGAUGAUCGCUUUAUUUUUGACGUAAGAAACAUCAAUCAAACUCAAUCCGGAAGAGAUGUUGAAGUUUCUAAGAGACAUCAUCAUACCAAUCUUAAGAUAAUUCAAGUUGAAGAAGGAACAAAAGAUUCUGAAACCAUGACAUGUUCAAUUUGCCUCGUAGAACUUUUAGUUGGAUCGAGAGCUAUCCAAUUGCCUAGUCCAUGUUUGCAUGUCUAUCAUGACUAUUGUAUUCUUAAGUGGUUAGAUAUAUCUAACACGUGUCCUUUGUGUCGUAGAAAUGUUCGAUGA